CGUGAUUCUCUGGCCUAAAACCCUACUUCCUCUGCCACGGUUUCAGAGCUUCGCAUGACAAAGCCCUAAUCGCUAUGAAACACCUAGAAGAAUCAGACGUUGGCAUCUCCUUCUAUAUCUCCCAGCUUCCUGGUUUCCGUGGCAUUCUCAAGCAAAGGUACUGUGAUUUUAUUGUUAAUGAAGUAGAUUCUGAUGGGAAUGUUGUUCACUUAACGUCCCUAGAUGCUCCUCCUGAGAGUAUGGAGAAAAAUGAGACAAAGAUAUCCGAUCAAUCAAAUAAAGGUUAUGCUUCUGAAAUUGAACUGUUUAGGUCUCUUGUGGGAGACUCCGAUGCUGAGUGCCUAAAGGGUCUCAUUGAUCAAGUAGCUUCUGGCAUUGAAGAUGGUGUCUCCCCAAUUGUUCUUUCUCCCAGUUCUGAUAAAUCCCAUAGAACGGCAGUGCAUAAUUUUUUCAAGGAGAAUUUGAAAUUCCUUGUUACCGAUACAAUAGAUGGACCAGACACCUCAUCAAAAUGCAUUCGUGUGAGGUUAAAUUCGGGGGGGUCUCACAACAAUGGUAGAAACUCCAGGAAACGGAAAGAUAGACGUGAUAAGCCCUUUGAUAGUAGAGGUUCAGACAAUUGGUCAGAGCAUGUUGGCAAAUUCCUUAGGUUUCAUCUUUACAAGGAGAACAAGGAUACCCAGGAGGCCAUAGGAUUGAUUGGAAAGAUGCUGGGCAUCCAGCCAAGAUCAUUUGGAUUUGCAGGCACAAAAGACAAACGCUCUGUAUCUACACAAAGGGUAACUGUUUUCAAGCAGUAUGCAAAUAGACUAGCUGCUCUAAAUGAAAGGUUGAUUGGUAUCAAAGUUGGUGACUUUUGCCAUGUCAGGGAAGGGCUUGUUCUUGGACAGCUCCUAGGUAAUCGAUUCACAAUUACACUGCGUGGAGUUGUUGCAGAUUCUGAAGAGACCAUAAAAGCAUCUGCUGAUGCAUUGGGAAGGCUUGGAUUUAUUAACUACUUUGGUUUGCAACGUUUUGGAAGUGGUUCUGUGCCAACUCACCUUAUUGGAGCUGCAUUACUCAGAGGAGAGUGGGAAACUGCUGUGAGCUUGAUUCUGGAUCCAAGAGAAGGGGAAAGGGAUGCGAUAAGGAAGGCACGGGAAUAUUAUAAGGAAAGUGAUGAUAUUGAAGGGACCCUAAGGCAAUUCCCUCGUCAUCUGGUUGCUGAAAAAGCUAUACUGCAGUGUUUGAAGAAAUAUCCUGGGAAUUACUUGCAGGCCCUGAAGGCUAUACCUAGGACUUUGAGAAUGAUGUAUGUACAUAGUUACCAAAGCUAUCUGUGGAACCAUGCAGCUAGUAUGAGAGUGCAAAAAUAUGGAACUAAACAAGUUGUAUUGGGAGACUUGGUGUAUUGUAAAGGAGAUAAUGCUGAAAAAGAGACAAGAGUUGUUAAUUCUGAAUUUGAUGAUGAUGGCUGUAGUGAUGCGUUUGAUUCUAGCCAUUUCGAUGAAAUCUCUGAAACAGACCUUCCUGAAGAAAGGAAAGAUCCAGUGAAGGCUCUGGAUGCAGAAGAUUUACUUACUGGGAAUUAUACAAUUGAUGAUGUUGUCCUUCCUUUGCCUGGUUCAAGAGCAAUUUAUCCGACAAAUGAUAUUGCCCAAGUUUAUCAUGAUUUCGCAAAAAAGGAUGCUAUCAGCUUGACAGAGAGUGUACAUAGUGUCAAGGAAUUCUCAAUAACCAACAUGACUGGAGGUUUUAGGAGGGUUUUCCAAAAGCCAAUCGACUUUGAAUGGGAACUACUCACAUAUACUGAGGGAAACAUACCAUUGGCAGAAACAGAUUGGGACAAAAUCACCAAAUCAAAACCAUUGAACAUAAUUGGAGGAGAGGAUUUGAGGAAUGGAAAUGAAAAAGAAAAUUCUUUUCAAUGCAUGAAGCAAUCUGAAAGCUUUGAACAUAAUGUGAAUCUUUCAACGGAUAACAAUGAGCCAAAUGGUGUGACUGAAAUAGGCCUGCCACAAGUUGAACCUCAGUUCGAGUCUGGUGCUCCAGAAGCCCAGAGGGCUCUAAAAUUAAGCUUUACACUCCCAGCUUCCUGCUAUGCAACAAUGGCAAUUAGGGAGCUUCUGAAAACAUCAACCUCGGUUGCAUUUCAGAAAACCUUAAACACAUUGAGCUAAUUUCUAGACGUAGAGAUAUGCGAAACCUGUGACAUGCCAACAGUUUUCUUUGAGGAAGUCCUGAAAAUCAUCAAGAAAUACAUGAGCAAAUGAGGUAGAGUCUUCUCCCCUGCAUUGAGGAACUUAAUGUAUCUGCAAUUGAUUGGAUGAUUUUUUAGCUUUGUCGAUACAAAUUGACGCUUAUAUUUAAACGUUCAUGGCCCUGUUCUACAUUCCCCACUUUUUAGUUGAUGAUUUAAUCUAACCACCGAGCUAAUCCAGUCAACUGUAUCCUGGACCAGCUUUAGAUCUGGGGACCAACAUGCAAGCCUACUUGAACCUUGAUUAGACAUAACCUCCAAUCUGGAAUGGGCCUUUUAGGGAUGGUUACUUAAUCAAAUUGGUGUAUUUUUAAUUUUACCUGUGUAUGACUAAUAUGUUAGUCAGAGAAUAUGUUUAUACAUAAACGAUCCAGAAGAGUUUCUAACCCA